AUGCCAGACGAGCCGCGGCGCAUCGUCAUUGAAAAAUCCAGCGAGGUCCGACGCCGGUACCAGCGCAGCAACAAACGAUUCAAGUUCACCGCCUCGCAGUUAAGAAGGAUUGAGCGCGAAGAGGAACUCGAUCGUCGGGCAAAGGCUAUAAGGGAAAGGGAGGAGAAGCGGCGAGCCAACAAGAAGAAAAAGGCUGAGAAAGAGGCGAGGGAUCGCGAGGAGCGAAAGAGACUUGGAUUGCCGGAUCCCAACGCGCCCAAGAUCCCGGCCAGUCAACCGCUGCUCUCUGCUUUUCUGGGUGCGAAGCCUCAGCCCAAGGAACCCGUUGAAGAACAACCCGUCACUACAAAUUCCGGUCUCGAAACUACGGGAAAUGAAGAUGAAGGGGAAACGGAAGUUGAUAGUGUGGGGGGCGACACAGAGGCAGAGUCGGAUAUAUUUGACAACUUGAACGAGGACAUAAUCGAGCAAGGCUUUUCAUGCCUCCCUGAUGCCCCUGGAACCCUCGAGAAUCCUGGUAUGGGCCAUGAUAUCAGCGCAGAGACGUUGUGCUCUCUAAAAGAUGACUGUGACGAUGACGAGUUCUCCGAUUGCUCGGUAUUUGACGACGCCGACAUUAUGAGAGAAGCGGAUGCUAUUGCAGCUUCGCGACCGUCGCAACCUCAUACAUCGAUCCCUCUGCCUACUACAUCUCUUGCUCCUCCUCCUCCGCCUACAAUGGGCCUGCCGCAAUCGGCCGAGCAUUCUAAAUCCAUGACCACUUCCAUACCCUCCCUUGGAGAUUCUUUCCGUGACGAGACAGCCGACUAUCUUGAAGACGUCUUUUCGCGUGGCUGCGGCGACUCAUUUGGCGAGUUAGUCCAGCUAGGCUCAGGCGCACGAUAA